CGUCUGAAGUGUAUUUAAGACUGAUCCAGAAACAGAGACAGUUGGACAUAAUGUUGGACAACGUCCCAGCAGUGUCCUUGAUGGACCGCCAGCAGGUUCUGGGAGCCCUGGAGCGUCUCCAGUCCAAACUAGUCCAGAAGGAGGAGUGGACCCACAGUGAGACACUGGGGAACCUGAGCGAGACUCUUCAGAGUCCACUCUUCAACCACAUCCUGACCCUGCACUCAGCACCUCGCCUCCUGACGCCUGCAGAGACUUCAGCUUCUCUAAACGAGGUCAGCUGAUCCUGCACGACCCCGAGCCCUCCAGCCUAUCGGGCCCGCCCACUCUGUUAACGCCUUCCUCCGUUCUGGCCAAUGGUUCGACUCCACACCUCCAUCAGGCUCCGCCUCCAUCUGACCYUCUGCAGAAGUGGAUUCUGGCUGCGGCAAAGGGUCGCCACACCCAGCUGAUCAGCCUGACCCGACCCGGGUCUGGAGGCAUGGGCUUCAGCGUGGUGGGUCUGAGUCCAGGUCUGAGUCCAGCAGGGAGCAGCAGUCAGGCAGUCUUCAUCAAAAACAUCCAGCCUGGAGGAGUGGCUCACAGGGACGGGCGUCUUCAGGAACGGGACCAGAUCCUGGUCAUAAACGGGAGGCCUCUGGAACCCGGGUUCAGCCAGCAGCAGGCCCUGAGCCUCCUGCAGCAGCCCGGAGACACCAUGGACCUGGUGGUGGCCCGGGACCGCCCCUUUGAUGCCCCGCCCCCUCUGGCCCCGCCCACCAGCACGGACCAGUGGGGUCAAGUGGAGGAGAUCGAGCUGGUCAACGAUGGAUCAGGUCUGGGUUUUGGUAUCGUGGGUGGGAAGAGCGGCGUGGUGGUCCGGACCUUGAUCCCGGACAGCGUGGCUGACAGGGACGGACGGCUCCGCACAGGUGACCACAUCCUGCGGAUUGGGGCCACGCCCACCAGCGGCCUCUCCAGUGACCAGGUGGUCAAGGUGCUGCAGGGCUGUGGAAGUCACGUGACCAUGCUCAUUGCCAGAGAUGUCCAAGGUCAGAUGUCAGCAGCCCCGCCUCCCCCACCUCCUCCUGACUCCGCCCCCAUUGCCUCGAUACCCGCUCAUCCUGCUGAUGUUGCUGUCCCACACCUGGUCAGCAAGACGCCGAACCUGGAAGGAUACGAGAUCCACGAGGUUUCCCUGUCCAAGAAGGACGGCCAGAGUCUCGGCAUCUCCAUCAUUGGCUUCAACCCUCUGACCAGCCAAGAGGCAGAACUCCGGGCUAAGUGGGGGCAGGCUCUGGGACCUCAGUACCAAGUCCUGGUUCUGAAGCUGGACCCGGUCAUUGAGGACGAUGAAGAACUGCAGAAGUCCUCUAAGCUGCUGCCGAUCCACAUCCUGCGUCUCGGGGUGGAGUUGGACUCGUUUGACGGACAUCACUACAUCUCCUCUGUGGCCCCCGGGGGCCCCGUGGACCGGCACGGAGUCCUGAGGCCCGAAGACGAGCUUCUGGAGGUCAACGGGGUCCAGCUCUACGGGAAGACCAGGCGUGAGGCCGUCUCCUUCCUCAAAGAGGUUCCUCCUCCGUUCACUCUGGUCUGCUGCAGACUGCUGACCUCUGAGCUGGAACCAGAACCAGAACCAGGACCAGGACCAGAACCAGAACCAGCCCAAAGCAGUGUCGAUGAGAUGGAGCUGAAGCUGUCCUCRGUUCUUCUGAGGGAUGAUGGCAAAYGGGUCGGUACYAAACGGGUCGGUACCAAACGRGUCUUCAUCACCCUGCUUUUAUUAUUUAAACUAAAAACUGAAGAGGUUUGAUUAAAUGUUUCAGCA